AUGCAAGAGAAACGAAGCCCAUUGACGCUGCAACAGCUUGAAUCAGCAAGGGUGUUUCUAAGAAAGCUCGCUCGAGAGGAAUAUGAGGACUCUCGAGAAAUCGUACGCCUCAGACCCGCAGCACUAAUCCAGGCCUUUAUUGAUGAUGGUGGCACUCCGGAGAUCACUUUGAGUUCUUUCGUCUUCUACCUUCUGGACAACUUGAAUCUGCUGCCUGAGGAUGACCUCGACGUGAACCUCGUCCUAUCUGACCCGAACUCCUUGACUUCCUGGUCCCAGGAAAAGACCAAAAGUCUCGGUAUAGCCUUGCAAAAUUUCGCUCAGUCCUUGACUGAUGGAACCGAACCUCUUCUUUAUGCGUCCGAGCAUGGUCUGGACGCAGUGGUCAAGCUGAUACUCUCCACGGAAGGAGUAAAUUUCAUGGGAGACUACGACCCGGAAGAGCCACAGCCACUGUCAUUGGCGGCGAGAAAUGGACACGAGACGGUUGUCAAACUGCUACUCACAAUAGAGGGUAUUGAUGUCAACCACCGCGAAGAAAGCUGGGAAGGCCAGACGGCACUAUCAUCAGCCGCGGAAAACGGACACGAAGCGGUCGUCAAGUCAUUACUCGCUGUGCCAGGUAUCGACCCAAACAUCGAAGAUUGGGAUUACAAGACACCGAUGUUGCUAGCAGCGCGUGCUGGAAAUGAUGCUAUAGUUGACCUUUUGCUUUUGGAAGGCGUCGAUCCAAAUUUCAAGAAUUAUUGGGGAGAGACGCCCCUGAUAGUGGCAGCAGAACUCGGACACGAAGCAGUCAUAAAGCGACUUCUGUCUGCAGAUAAUAUCAAUCCAGAUGUUGAGAAUUCUCGUGGAGAAAAUGCUUUGUCGGCGGCUGCAGAGCUCGGUCAUACGGAAAUAGUAAAGAUUUUACUUACCACGAUUGAUGCUGGCUCCACAGACUCUGACGGAAAUUACCCCCUCUGGUGGGCAGCCCGCAAUGGCCAUUGUGACGUUGUGAAGCUAUUACUCACCGCGGAAAAUGUCGAUCCCGAUUCCAGGAGUGCCGACGGGUACACACCUCUGUCAUGGGCUGCCCAAAAUGGUCAUAAGGAUAUUGUUGAUAUUCUGCUCAAAGUUGAUGGUGUUGACCCUGAUAAUCGGAGUUCAAAUAGACGUACGCCCAUUUCGUUGGCAGCAGAGAAUGGGCACGAGGCAGUGGUUCAUAUACUGCUCACAGCAAAGGGGGUUGAUCCCCAAUUUCCUGAUCUUCACGGACGCACACCAAUGUGGUGGGCGGCAUCGAAUGGAAAUGAGGCUGUGAUUAAGACACUGCUUGCGACAGAGACUGUAAGCCUGGAAAGCAUGAACUCUACGGAUUCCCAAGGAGAAACGGCAUUGAAUUGCGCAGCACGAAAUGGGCACAAAGAAUCGGUGCAGCUGCUCCUAGACAUAGAUGGCAUUGACCCUGACUCUAAAGAUUCACAGGGACGAACACCACUAUGGUGGGAGGUGUAUCAUGGACAUGAAGUAAUGGUCAAGAAACUUCUUGAUAAAAAAUGUGUCGAUCCCAACCUUCGGAGUUCGGAUGGGCAGACACCUCUAGUACUUGCUGCGAAAGCCGGACACGAGACCAUUGUUAAGUUGCUACUGGCCACAAAGGGUGUGAAUUCCGAACAUCAUAAUUCAAAUGGCGAGACGGCGUUAUGGUGGGCCGCUCGGGAAGGACACGAGGUAAUAGCCAAGCUUCUAAUCGCCGAGGGCGUUGACCCGGAACCUCGGGGCUCCAACGGGGAGACUCCACUAUGGUGGGCGGCAAAAAACGGUCACGACGAACUAGUGAUGGUUCUCCUUGACGCAGGAGCCCACCCUGAUCCACAGAGCUCCGACGGGGAGACGCCAUUGUGGUUGGCAGCACAAAAUGGGCACGAGGACAUAGUCAAGCUACUACUUGCGACAAAUAGGACUCUAGGGGGAGAGACGCCACUCUGGUGGGAGGCACGAAAUGGACAUGAGAUAGUUGUCAAGAUCCUGCUUGGUAUGGGGGUCAAUCCGGACGUGGAAAACUGUGAGGGUCAGACACCUUUGUCUUGUGCAGCAGAAUUUGGACGUUUGGAAGUUGUCAAGGUGCUACUAGAACAUGGCGCCGACCCCUAUUCUCGGAAUUCUAGUGGCGAGACGUCACAUUGCUUGGCAGCUCAGAACGGACAUGAGGCCGUGGCUAAGCUGCUCAGUGAGGCCGCGCGUUAA